AUGUACCUGAUCCAGGCCGCUUACAGCUAUGCAAGUUUCGUCGAUGUAACAGCAUGGGAUUGUAGCGGAGGUGGAUUUGGUACCGCACUGAGAAAAAUGUCAUUUGUUGUGGUGGAUAGCUACGGGCCUUAUUGCCCGGGCAAGGGGGCCGGCGACGACGAGGAGGAGGAGGACGCCGAGGGCGAAGAAACCUGCGGAGACGGGACAGAACCUCAACGUCAGGGUGAGGAGAACCCGAAUCGGCAGCGUCAAAACUACGGCGACAAAGACCGCGCCAACGGGUGGUGGCCGAACGAACCGCGAAAAGACGCCGUCAUAGAUCGCAAUCAUAAGCCGCCGAUAAGAAACAACAACGAGGAACGUCGCAACAAGGGAGCCGCAGCGGUGGCGGGGGACCUGGCGUGCCUGGCUGGCUAUAUGGCGGGAUAUUUGAAGGCGGCGGGGGCGUCUUGCGCCCCCAACGGAAGCCCUCAAUAUCACCCCCAUAGCCACCCAGGUAUGGCCGGUCCUCCGCAUCAAGCUCCUCCGCACCCCUUCACGCUUGGGCCUCAUCCACAUUCUCUGCCCCACGUACACUCCCUUCCCCAUUCUCAUUCCCAUCCGCAUCCGCAUCCCCACCCCCACCCCCAUCAACACCAACACCCCCACCCACACCCACACCCACACCAGCAUCAACAUCAGCACCAAAUACCGCACGCACAUCCUCACGGUCACGGUCAUCCUCACCCACUGGAUCACGGACUGGUUGCUACCGCGUUCCCGCAAGGAAUGAAUCAACGCAAGCAGCGCCGGGAAAGAACGACCUUUACGAGGGCACAGCUAGAUGUCCUGGAAGCUCUGUUCAUCAAAACGAGAUACCCGGAUAUAUUUAUGCGCGAAGAAGUCGCACUGAAGAUCAGCCUGCCUGAAUCGAGAGUCCAGGUUUGGUUCAAGAACCGUAGAGCCAAGUGCAGGCAGCAGCUACAACAGCAACAGCAACAGCAGCAGCAGCAGCAGCAGCAGCAACAGCAACAACAGCAACAAACAACACCGCCAAAAGUAUCGCCUAGAAAUCAACAGCAAUCGAACGCUUCGCAGAACGCGGGUAACAACAAGACAUCCCGAUCGAGUCGGAGAUCAUCGGGCGGAUCACCGCCCGGCGGCAAAGUUCCGCCGUCAUCGAAUUCACCGCUGCUUGCCGCACAUAACCUGAUGUAUCCAAGACUUGGAACGACGCCGACCGGAGGAAGCGGGGCCAGCAGCGUUUUGACGACACCAUCGCCACCGUUGACGCCUGGCUCUAGCCAAUUGCCACCGUCGUCUUAUCCACCUCAAAUGAACCAAAUGCACCACGGUGAUUACGGAUUCCCAUGGAGUUCCGCUUCGGCUGGACCCAUCAAUCCCGCACAAUGUUACGCUAGCCAGAACGGUUACAACGGUUAUCAAAACAGCUACGUGCCAUCCGAAUAUUACCACCAGACCCAAUUAUCUCAGAUCUCGCAAAUAUCUCAGAUCUCGCAGAUAUCGCAAAUGCAUCACAACCCUCAAAACAAUUACCACCACCCCCAGUACCACCACAACAUGUUGCCAGCACCGGGAGCCAUGCCGCCUGUCCAAGGUGCCAUGCCACCGGUCGGUGGUAACGGGCCUCAUCCGAACCCACCACCUCCGGGGACCGCGCAGCACAACGGACAGGCACAGCAGCAGGCCCCAACCGAUUAUAUUUUGGAUGACGAGAAGAUAACCUAUCCCGGUGAACUUGACCCCGAUUUAAAUGAACAUAAUCAGUAAAUAUUCGUUAGAGUCGUAAAAGGGAUCGUGGACGAAAGAUAAACGCCUGGCGGAACUGGACGAAGAUGUCGAAAAUGGUGGGAGGGGAGGAUUGCAGAAAGAAUUGAGAAACGCGCGGUCCUCUUAUUUUCGUUUACUACUCUUCGCUCGAGUUUCGGCCUACUUUUCUUUUCAAUGUCACGCAAUAAUUUCGCAAAAACGGCGGUACGUCGCAUAAUUGACCGACAAGUGACGUUUUACUUCUCAUUUGUUUUCUUUCUUUGUUUCUUUCUUUCUUUUUCUCAUCAUUACUUCCGAUAUUCUUUAAAAGCCUUUUUCGAGUUGCGCUCUUUUAACCCUCUCGUCACUGCAAUCCUCCUACGCCCCGCAUUCUUCGCCGCAACGUUAUUUUACUUACAUUAGCAGACGCUAGGAAUACCAAUAUCAAGACUUUCAGCCAGUUACAGAAUCUUGCCGACACUGUUAAUACUUAUUAUCUAACAAUCGAACCCACCUACCGACUUGUAGAUAAUAAAUUUUUUAUAAGUUUGUCAGGAUAAAAAUUGGUAAAAAGAGAAAGUAUAAUUGAAUGAAUACGAGUGAAUUGCAAAAAUGAGAGUAAAAUAUGAAUGUACAAUAUGUACAUAACUGCUCCAUGCGACUCCUCAUAUUCAAAUCAAUACAAAUGUAUCACGUCCUACAAUUGUUGUUAGAUAAUUUACCACUUAAUAUUAUUAUUAUUAUUUUAAUUUUAGUCGUUUUUUCCCCACACAGAAUACCUACUAUUAUUAUCCGUAUUAUUAUAAUUUGCUAUUAUUAUCACCAUUCUUCUAUUAUAAUCUGCAUAUUGUUGGCAUCCUAAUCGCUAGUCGUAAUUCGUAUACCUGUAUUGUAAUGCUGAACAACGGUGUUCGGGGACCAGCGACCUCGUUCACCGUCCUACAGCCAUCAUGCAGGUAUUUUCGAAAUCUAACGACAAUAAUAUCGACGAUCUGAGGAUAGCCUGUAUAAUUUCAAAAAAAAUCUGCUAAGAGGAUAAGAAUAUUUGAUUUGUAUCAGUAUCAAUGAGAAAAUCGUUAUCAGAUUAACGAUAUUAUUUGGUCACGAAACAUUCGUAUACCGUGAAUUUGAAUACGUAUCAACUCGUCAACGAUUUAGUUAUCCAAUAAUUUGGAUUUACACCGUGGAUGAUUUUGAAACAAGUAUCAAGUUUCAUUGAACGUACGAACAACUAAUGGUAUGUCGCGUAUACAUACGAGGAGGGUUUAUAUUACCCUGUGAAAACGCGAUACAUCAAAAUUUUAUAAUUUUUGUGCAAUUUCUUCUGCUUUUUUUUUUUAUGUGGUUCGAUAUUCCAAGAAUAUGGCACUACAGCCUCAAAGAUUAAGUUGUUAUAACAAUUUUUCAGCCGAAUUAUGGAUUUAUCCCUGUUACAAUAUUUUUUUCAAAAGGUAAAAAAAAAAAAAUAAUAAUUUCUCACCGUUUGCAAAUCUUCCUGAAUGACGCGAGUUUAAAAACAUCUUGAUGCGAAUUUAGAUAACCGCUGAUCAUUUUUUUUUACAAAUGAUGCAUUUUUUGAAAUCUUGAUUGUACGAAAAUUGAUAUUCAACUUGCACUCAUUGUCAUAGAAAUUGAUAGCUUUUCAGUAACUACGUGACCGUUGGUAGUCUUUCGCUUACUGAUUUUCGAGUUAUUUUGGAAAAUUUAGCAGGAAUUAUUAUUUUUUUUCCUUCCUUUUCUAUUCUUCUCUUCUAUUUUUGUUUCUUUUCUUUUCUUUUCUUUUCUUUUUUUUUUCGUUCAAUUAAUGAAAACGUUGUGCGACUUUGGUAAAAAAAAAAAAAUGGGAAAUUCCAUACUUUCGAUCUUUCGCGUUUUCACGGAUAGACACUAAUUGGACGAAAAUUAACACGAUCAUUGUGCAUUCAUAGACAGAUUACGAAUGUCAAUGAUAAAUUCAGGCGUACGGUAGGUACGAUAUCAGAAGGAAUACCGACACAAAAACCGAACAUUUUUUAACAACGAUACACGCAUAAUGUAAGAGAGAGAGAUUAUCGAAUCAAUAUGAUAAAACAUUUCAUUGUACAUAAUCUUAUACGUACGUGUAUGAUAAAAUGCAUAUGUAGUACCUAUAUAUAAGAAUAUGUUAUAUUACAAAAUAGUAAUAAUAACGAUGAUUUCACACAUCAUUGCGAUUACGAGCCUGGGGUUGCGUUGAAACGUAAGACAAAUUAGAAAACUGAGAACGAAGAGAAACGACAAAUGGACAGUUCGUCAAAAUGGAACCGACAUACGCACUUGUAUGCAAAUAAUGAAAAAGUGAAGUUGGGAACUGUAAAUAAUUAUUAUCAUCAUUUGAAUAAUAAAA